AUGAACCGCCGCCUCAACGAGGUCGAUUCUAAGGUCCAUCGUGCCACUAGCUCAGCCCCGGAGUUGACGAAAGCACUUGUCGACACCCGGAAGAGCCCGCUCACUCGCAGACUCCGCCUGAUCGAUAUGCGUGAAAGGAUCCGACUCAAGAUCGAUUCUUACACCGGGGAAGAGGACCCCAAGAAGUGGCUAACCGCGUUCAAUCUCGCCUUGACAAGGGAGAGAUACAACUCAUAUGACGAGAAGGAAGCCAACUAUUGUCAAGUGUUCGUCGAGCACAUGACGAAAGACGCUUUGGUCUGGUUCUCCAACCUGCCUGCCGAGUCGAUCGAUAAUUUUGACGACUUAACCAAUGCCUUCCUGAAGAAUUACUCCAUGCACAUGACCCGAGUCACCCAAAACAUGUUCACCAUGACGCAAGCCCAAGGGCAAUCCUUGUGCGAGUUCAUGGAAAAAUUCAAGGAAGCAGCUCGUGACGUCGGAGAUAUGCCAGAUAGCAUACCGCUGGAGGCGCUCCGUAACGGCCUCUAG